AUGGUCCUAGCAGUAAAUAAAUACGAACAAACUGUGGAAUGCAGAGCAAUAUUAGACACAUGCUCAUCAGCAAAUUUCAUAACGGAAAAUCUAGCCUUAAAACUAAAAUUACCAAUGAAACGCUGUUAUAUCCCUAUAGGAGCUGUAAAUGACCUUACCACGGUCGCAAAGGCCUUUGUCUCCCUUACAAUUCGUUCCUUGUAUAACGAUUAUCAAAAAACAUUUAGCUUUCUAAUAAUUCCUCAAAUAGCAAAUCUAAUUCCCAAUGAAAAAGUUUCCAGUGAUCUAAUUCCAAUUCCACCUAACAUCCAGCUUGCUGAUCCUUUAUUCCAUAUACCUCGUCCAGUUGAUUUAUUGUUAGGUUCGGGUCCAUCAUUAUCUUUAUUUUGUAUUGGUCAAAUUGAUUUAUCACCUCAAUCAGGGAAUCAAUUACUUCUGCAAAAGACUCGUCUUGGUUGGGUAGUAGGCGGUAGUGUUUCAAAUUCAUCUACGUGUCCGGGAGAAAUUAAAUGUCACCUUUUAGAUUUACAGACAUGUAUAACAAAAUUUUGGGCAUUAGAGGAAGAAAGAAACAUAGUUCACCUUUCCGACGAACAAAAAAAAUGCGAAAAUCAUUUUCGAGAACACGUUAAACGAGAUGCUAGUGGUAAAUUCACCGUAGCCUUACCGUUCCGUGAUAAUUUUAAACAGUUAGGAAACUCACGAAAUAUUGCCCUAAAACGUCUAUAUAGUUUAGAAAGAAAGCUCAAUAAAUCGCCAGAAUUAAAAGAUCAGUAUAACGCAAAUUUGCAAGAAUACAUUGAUUUAGAUCACAUGUCGAAAGUAGAAAAUGAAGAUGAAAAUGGAUUUCAUUUACCGCAUUUUGUCGUUAUAAAAGAAGGGAUAGCGACUACCAAGGUUAGAGUAGUUUUCGAUGGAUCGAUUAAAUUAGAAUCCGGACUUUCACUAAAUGAUGUUUUAAUGGUUGGUCCAACGAUUCAAAACGACGUUUUCGCUCACAUGAUUCGGUUUAGAGCAUACAAAUUCGUUUUAACUGGAGAUUUAGAAAAAAUGUAUCGCCAAUUUAGAAUUCGGAAAGAAGAUAGGAAGUUUCAAAGAAUAUUUUGGAGACGUGAUGGUAAAAACAUUGAAAUCUUUGAAUUAAAUACCGUCACAUUCGGAAUAAGUUCUUCUUCCUUUCUCGCCACACGUGCAUUACAACAAUUGGCCGACGAUGAAAUUGACCGUUAUCCCGAAGCCGCUAAAACGUUAAAGGAAGAGGUUUAUGUUGACGAUUUUAUCACUGGGGCCGAUACAAUAGAAAAGGGAAUUGAAAAGCGAGAAGAAAUAAUAAAUCUUUUAAAAUUAGGCGGGCUAAAUAUUAGACAAUGGGCUUCCAACGAUCCACAGUUGCUAGAAGGGAUACCAAACAAUAAAAUUAAUUUAAAUCUUCAAUUUAACGAAAACAAAACAGUAAAAACGCUUGGUGUUUCAUGGAACUCGUGUAAUGACAAUAUUAUUUAUUCAGUCGAACCACCUAAUACUCUUUCUAAAAUCAGUAAGCGAAUUAUUCUUUCCGACAUUUCAAAGCUAUUCGAUCCAUUAGGUUUACUAGGCCCGAUAAUUCUAUUUGCAAAAAUUCUAAUGCAACAAAUUUGGCAAUGA